UGUAAAAUACAUAUGUACAUACAUACAUACAACAUACAUUCAUAUGUAUGUGAGUGAGUGUGCGUGUGUGUGUGUGUGUGUAUGUGCAAAUAAAAAUUGUCUUACGCACAAAUUAAAUGCAAACGUCAAUCAAUGUGGCAGAGAAAUAAUGCAAUAAAAGAAAAGGAGAAGACACGCACAGAAAACCAAAAGCCGGACAACAUUCUGUGAAAAAUUGAUGGAAACUCUUGCGAUUUUGGACUGUGCAACAUUGCCGCACACGCUGUCUGGGGUCGGGUUGUCUCCGUCGUCAUCGUAAUCGUCGUCGUUGUCGUUGUCCUGUUGAAGCACACACGCAGAGCUUUAGCUUCCGUUAUAUGAAAAUCAAUAAUUCCGUGCUGUAUAAGUUACGGCGAAAGGUGCGCUCGUGUUCGUUCUUGUUCGUUUCUGACCACGAAGCCAACACAAAAGCCAACACACACACAUCCAUACAUACAUGCAUGCAGAAUGUGAAAAUCCGAAAUCGUCGUUGUUUGGGUGGCGGCAGAACGGGCGCAGAUUACAACAAAUGCCGCGUGCAAGCAAGCCCGAAACGUGAUUGAAAUUAUUGCACAAAAGGGAAACGGCGCUUACACGCGCACAUCGGCGUAGUGAGAGAGCGGGAGAGAGAGAGUGAGAGCUAUAUUUUGGGAGCACUGAGAAUCAGGAAGCAGAAGCAUAGCAAAAAAUAACAAACAAAAAUACAUGCAGUUGGCGAAUAAAUAGAAACAGCGUGUAAAACGUAACAGCACAAAAAGUAUCAGAGUAGUAAUAGUAGUAGAAGCAGCAUGCAAGCAGCAAACCAGCCAAAACAUACAUAAAAGAGGCACGCAACGUAUGUUGCUAACGUCGACGUCGCCAGCAACGUUAACGCUAACGCCGACGCCGACGUCGCAGUUGUCGUCGUAGUAAGUUUGAAACGUGGGUGCAACGUGUGUGUUGUAGAAGAAGGGAGGGGGCACGCGGUUGACCAGAGAAGGUAGGAGGCGCGCGUGUGUGCCAAUUGGAAUGGUGUGCGUGCGCGAGUUUCUGUAUGUGGAAUACAUAAUAAAUAAAACAAAGCAUACAGCAAAAAAUCAUGAUAAAGUUUGUCAGGCAGAAAAAUCGCGAGGCAUCGAAAAAUUUUCUGCGUAAAAAGCGUGAAUCGAAUGACUCUGGCACCGAAUCUGAUGGUGAACUCCUGGACGUGGAAAAACAACGUCACUUAGACGUGGAUAUGGAAACUAGCUUGAGUUCCUGCACGGAUGCGAACUCACCUACAACCGAUACUGCAUGCUCAUCCGAGUCUUCUGUCAAUGCUACUGCUGCAGUUACCGCUGCAAUGAUGUGUCACCAUCAGACGUCAACAUCCUGCGCCCAUCUCAUGUACGACCAGCAUAGCUCGGAGGAGGAACUCGAAGUGAUCAAUGGUCCCUCGGCAGUGGCCGCAGCCGAGGCAGCUGCCACGGCAUCGUCCACAUCACGUUUAUCCAACAGGGGCUGCACAUCGUCUCUGGGCGCUGAGGAGUUAUACGAUGAGCGUGCGACCACCUCGAAUUCGAAACGCUCGAGCUCAACGCUAAUGGUGGAAAAUCGCAAGCGUUCGUUGGCCCAUAGCUCUGAUGAUGAGCUACGCAACUCACAGGAGCCCAUAUCGACGCCCGUGAAUUUUCGCACAUCGCCGCCAUUGGAGGCAUUUAAGCCAAAUCGUAGCCAUAUGAUGUUCCGCUCCACAACGCCACUGAUAUUAUCGGAGGCCAGAUGUGGCAUCGAAAAUAUUAAAUUAUGUGAUAAUAGUGUAAACGAGGAGAAUGGCGAUACCGGCGGCAGCGGCAGUGGCAGUGGCACUGUCAAUGUUAGUGGCACAGGCGCCACAGGCAUUGCGAUGCCCAUUGGUGGCGGAGGCGGCAGCAGCAACACCAACAACAGCAAGUGCGCCAAACUGGGUGUGGGAAAUGAGAACGAGCCCAGUGUGAUUAAGGCGUGCAGCAGCUCGCUGAAAAUGAGCAACAGCAGUCAUCACAUCUACCAGCCGCAGCCCAAAUACAGUUUCCAUUAUAAUAGUUCACGCAGUAGUCCGGCCUCCACCACUGGAUUGGAUAAUAUGGAGGUACGAUCGGUUAGUCCGCCCGCGAAAUUAUUCCAUUGUGCAGUGUCGCCGCGUCGGCGUCCGAGCAAUAAUGCCACUGGUGGUGGCAUCGUCUCGGCUCCAACCGGUGCAACAACAACAACAUCAUCAACAACGACAAAUAAUGCUGCCUCUGCCAAUGUGAAUGUUGCCGCCGCCGCCGCCGCUGCCACACAGAGACUGCAGCGACCGCAUCGGCCGUGUUUAGAUUUUGAUAAGAUGCAGCAGGUGAGUCUCUAAUGUAGAGCGCGCUAACGGCUAACGGCAAAAGUAAAAGGCGAAUCAAAGACUUUUUAUACAACAACAACAACAACAACUGCAAGCUGUAAACACCAACAACAACAACAACAAGAACAGUAUGAGUACCUUAAAAGCGGCGCUGCUCAAGCAAUGAAGAAGCUUUCAAAACUUCCAAUUGCUAAAAAAUAAACAAACUGUUGAACAAACCAACAAAGUAUGACACGCAAACCCUACAAUAAACUAAACACUAACAACAACAAAAUAUCAUCAAAUCAAAUUAUUGUAUAAACAACAAACAACCACACACACAAAAUCUCCAAUUUUAUCAAUCUAAAAAAGAAAAAAAGAGAGAAGAACGCGAAUACUUAAUACCAAAUGCAAAAUCAGCAAACAAACAUCUAUUAACCCAUAGAAAGCAGCUAUUUUUUCACAAUUUUAAAAACUAUGAGGAGCAGGAAAAUACGAGAUGUCUAACAGCUAUAGUUCUGAGCAGCGAUUCUGUAAAGCCACAACAAGAUUUAAGCCGUAGUCUAUAUAUGUAUAUAUAUAUAGCAUAUGUAUGUGUAUAUGUACGAACUUGUAAAUAUUGAGAAUUUGAAUGAACAAAAACGAUGAAAAAACAAUUGAAAACAAAAAGGCAAUUUGUCACAGUGAAAAUUUUAUGUAUUGUAUUUGAAUUUUUUAAAUGUUUGUAGCAAGGCAAUACAAAACUAAGGAAAAAAGAAACGAAAAAAAGCGAAAAUAUUGAAAUAGCAUAAAAAAAAGGAACAGAAAAACGCAAACGGUGAUGAAGCAGAAGACUCAGCAUUGAAAGAAAAAACUUUUACAGUAAAAGAAAAACAAGAAGAAAGCAAUGGGAGGAAGACAGCAGCGGCAGGCAGCCAGCAACAAAACAAAAUUAUAUUUCUAUUAACUAUAAUUGGAUGGCAAUUAAGUAUGUAAAACGGUUUGUGGGAGCAGCAGCGGGCGUAAAUCAAUAGCGUAGCAAACACUUGGGACGAAAAGCAUUAAACAGAAUUAAAAUGUGAAGCAACAAUAGCAACAACAAACACACACACACACACGCAAAAAAGCAACAAACAAACAAAACUAAAACAAAGAUAUGUAAUAACUUUUGUAUGGAAACAGCAAACACAAAACUGUAGUUUUAAAAAACAAAAAAACAGUUGCAAAGCAGUUAAACAAUUGAAACUAGCAAGCUAAACAAUUGUUGGAAACUUGAUUUGAAAUCUGUUCUAUAAGGUUUUAAAACCAAAAAGCUGCCAUCAACUACAAACAAAAAGAAAACCAAACAAAAUAAAUAACAAAAAUUUGCAAUUCAACUCUCAUUUAGAAGGCAAUAAAAACAAACGCAACAAUUAAUAACCAAUUAAUUAAAAACAAAUUGGCAACUUUUGCAAGCGCGUAAUAUUAAAUAUCCUCCUAACAACCACCCUCCCCCAAACAAAAUACCCAUUAAACUUAAAUUAAAAACAAAAGAGAAGACAUAUUUAAAAUUGUGUGCAGCAACCAUAGAGCAAGCAUCAGUUUUUUUAAAACAUUAAUUAUAUAUACAAAAAUACACAGAGGGAACGAAAAAAGAAGAAAGCAAUACGCAAGUAUUUACAGUAAAACUAAUUUUUAAACAUAUUUAAAAGCGAAGCAACCAAAAUUUAAGUUCACUCCGAAGCAAGCAACAUUUACAGAUCCGAAUCUUUUGCAAAUGUAAAACCCUAGCCAUUUAAUUAUUCAAGAGAUUUCUAUAAGAGAUGUGUUCGCAUCAACGAACCUUUUACAAAUGUAAAAUGCCUGCCAUUUAAUUUCUCAAAAGUAUUUCAAACAAAGCAAGCAGCAUUUAAAAACAUUUUCCUAAAGUAAAAACUUAGCCAGUCAAUUCCGCAUACGUAUAGUGCUACUAGAGACUCAAGGAAUUUAAAGAAAGUAAGCUUUUGCAAUUGAAAACCUCAGUCAUUUGUAAUAACAAUUCCGCAAAAGAGCCUCGAGGAGAAAAGAUGAUGAAAUCGCUUUUUACCUUUCUAAUAAAAUUUGAAACACAAAUUGUUUGAUGAAAUUUGUGUUCUUUGGAAUGGAUUUUUCUUCUUUAUUUUAAUAAACUAUGCGGAAUUGAAAAUUCAGCUCAGCGGAAUUACGCAAAAAUGUAUCAAUUUCAGUAAAUUGUUUGGAAUUAAAAAGGAAUAUCCUGUAGUUUCAAAACAAAUUAUUUAUAUAUUUCAAUCACACAUGGAAUUAUUUUUUGGAAAUUCCGCAGAACAUGGAAUUGGUUGCCGAAUUCUGCGUAAUAAUAAAUUAUGUAGAAUUGGUUUCGCAAAUACAAUUCGAGUUGAAGAAAGAAUUUCAACAUUUCCAUCAAUAUUGAGUUGUGUGCCGAAUUCCGCAAAGAUAUAUGCGAUUUCCACAUUUUUUAUUUAAAUAGACUAUGCGGAAUUGAAACGGCAGCUCGAGUUGAAGAGAAAAAUUCUAUAAUUUGUAUCAAGGUGGGAUUGUGUGUGAAGAAAGAAUUUCAACAUUUCCAUGAAUAUCGAGUUGUAUGCCGAAGAUGUAUGUGAUUUUCAAAUUUUUUAUUUAAAUAGAUUAUGCAGAAUUAAAACGGCAAUACUCAGUUCGAGUUGAAGAGAAAAAUUCUGUAAUUUCAAUUUCUAUGAUUGGGAUGGGAUUGUGUGUGAAAUCUUCUAUGUGAUGAUUGCUAUCAAAGUUUCAAAACCGAAUAUAGAAGUUCUAUAUUUCCAUUAAUAUGUGUGUUUUGAAUUCCAAUUAAAUAACUGCUAAAAAUAUUUCUAAAUGUUCCAAAAGCUUGCAAAAUGUUCUGUUGGAAAAGAUCAUAAAUAACCACAAAAGUGAGCCUAGAUUUAUGGAUGUUUAAAUUCCUCGCUACGAAAAACGCUAUCAGCUAAUUCAUUUAUUGAAAUGAAAUUUUCCACCAUGUGGCUACUGGUUUUAGUUUUGCAAAAUGUUUAAAAAUUACAAAGGUUGCGUUUAAUUUCAACAACAAGUUUUCAUUAAAUAAACAUAAAACAUUGCUUCAAAUAACAAGAACAUACAACAGAAUUGUUUCACAAAUGUAUUCAUAACAACAACAACAACAACACAACCUACCAAAACAGCAUAACCCACACCACCAAAACACCAUCAACAAACAAACAAACAAA